AAGCUUUUGACGGUUUUCCGAAUGUCUGGGAACUGGGAAGGCGAUCGGAUCACUGGAAACAUGGAAAAUGUUUUGGGCAGACUUCAUCAGGUUAUUUCCGAUUUGCCAUUAAAACUGACCCGUCGAAAGGUCAUUCGUACCAAUCCCCUUCAGACGGAUCUGCAACGUGUGUUAACAACAUGGGGCAUUAUUUUGUUCGGUAUUGGCCAGAUAUCUGGUGGUGGACCAUUUGUGGUUGCAGGAAGUGUUGCGCGUACUGCUGGGCCCGGUGUUGUUUUAUCGUUUGCCAUUUCUGGCGUGGUCGCCAUUAUGGCAGCUUUGUGCUUUGCUGAAUUUGCAUCCAUCAUCCCUCGCACCGGAUCCGGAUAUCUGUUUGCAUACGUGACAAUGGGAGAAUUCAUGGCAUUCUUCGUGGGAUGGCAAUUAAUGUUAGAUCAAAUCUUGUCGGUAUCCAGUGUGUGCAGCUCGAUUAGCGGCGCCAUCAAUGCCGCAUCCUCCGACGCCAUUCGUAACUUCACUAUUACGUACAUCGGGACUUUUAAAGCACCGGUCCUGGCUCCCUAUCCCGAUUUUGUGGGUGUAUUACUAACCAUUGUAGCGGCUUUUAUCAUGAGCUUUGGCUUAAGUCGUUCAGCAAUGGUCAGCAAUUCUUUGAAUGUGAUCAAUAUGAUCAUAAUACUGUUUUGCAUUGGAUAUGGGUUUGCACUGGGCAGUAUCGGUAACUGGCGAUACAAAGGAUUUUUUCCUUUCGGAUUCCGAGGUGUAAUGGAAGCGGCUUGUAACUGUUUCACGUCAUAUAUCGGAUUCGAGGGCAUCGCUUCAGCCGGAGAAGAAACCUUUAAUCCCCGGAAGACCAUACCGCGCGCCAUUCUAGGCGCCUUGUCAAUACUGAUUGUAUUGUAUGUGCUUAUGGCUGCAGCAAUAACCCUAGAAGUUCCAUUUGACCAACUGUCCACUCAAGCGGCUUUUCCAUCGGCUUUCCGGUAUCUCGGACUGGAAGGAGCGUCAGUUUUCGUAGGAAUUGGAAUUGCACUGGGCAUGUUUGGCAGCUUGAUUGGCAGUGUUUACGCCGUGGGUCGUACUGGGUAUGCCAUGGCAUCUGAUGGCUUACUCUUUCCGGUUUUUGCCCGGCUGUCUUCGGGAGUGAAUGCACCAGUAUGGGGCGAGAUGAUUUUUUGUUUUUUGGCCGCUGUUUUCACCCUGAUAUUUGAUCUGCGCAUACUCGUUGAAUUCCAAAAUGCCGGCACCCUGGUGGCGUACACUAUUGUUGCCGGCUGCUCGGUUAUUUUGCAUUAUCAGGCGAGGGUCAGAGUGUACAGUGAUGUCGAACCAGAACUAGAACCGUUCAGAAUAGCUGAUCCAGAUGAAGUAUCCAGUUCCCCUCGAAAUUGGCCAUUUUGCCAGAGAUGCACCUGGUUUUUUCCUGAGUUUGCAGUGGAUAUUGCGCUGGUCUGUUUUUGUAUAUUUAUGGGAUUGUUCCUUACGGCUUCGGUAUAUAUGGCGCAGAACAAAACGUCCUUUUCUCCGUGGACGUUCAUACCGGGAAUAUGUCUACUUAUCGGCGCACUCCUAUCAUUCAUUGUGAUUUUUGCGCAUCCAACGAGAAAAUUGCGAAUACCAUUUCGGAUGCCUUUUCCAACGAUGAUUCCGAUAGUGUCGAUUUUGUUGAAUUUAUCGCUUCUGGUAUUUGUUGCCGAAUUAACAUGGAUUCGCUUUGGUGCUUGGAUCAUUUUAGGUUUGGUAAUUUAUUUGUUUUACGGAAUGGAACAUAGUAAUAUCCGCAUUGAUGCCGAAACAGUUGGAACAGAUGCUCCCGGUGGGCGACUAGGGAAUAGUGAUGAAUUCAAGGAUUUCUCUCCUGGAGCCUUCAGGCGAACGCUGUCUAAUUUUAACGAGACAGAAUCCGAUGAAAAGUUACCGCUGUUGGGCUGAACAGAUUUUCUCAUCUUGAGGCUUUUUCU